UGUUCGAUUGGCACAAAAGAGAAAGAAAAAAAAUGCGGUAUCACUAAUUUACGAGGCUGCAGUGACGAUUAUUCAGGCAGUCGGUCCGUCAUCUGCGGCACCAACGAAUGUCAGCGUGACCUUUAGUAUGAAUAAGCUGAAUAUGUCUGUUUUCGAGAAAUAUGCCGCAGUGCCACUGCAGAGCAUGCCGAGGUAGUUUUACUUUAAAGCAUCAGCAUCAAGGAAAAAAUAUAGCCAUAUUGACAAACAAUUUUGUUAAAGUUUUAUUCUAAGGUGUCCUGAUAUAUGCCAUAUUUUGUGUUCUGUUACAGAAACUAAAGAAGAUAUGCAACGAAAAAUGCUCCUAAAACGGCCUAUCAUCCCCCCUAUAAGCCUUUCUGAUAUUGAAAAUGGCACAGAUGAUGAUGAGAUGACACAGAAAAGAAAGGUUUUGAGACAGGAGUCAAAGAAGAAGCGUCUGAAUAGGGCCGCAUCAAAAAAGCAGCAGUUUGAAGAUGUACUGAGUAAAUAUACAGCACAUGCCCUACAGAUCAAUGAUGCUGUUAGAAACAAAUCAUCAAUUGUAAAGGCUCAUGUAUCAGCUGGUGAGGGCAGCCGUGAGCCACAGAGACGCCAGGUUUCCUCACCCGUGGCAUCCCAGCUUGCUAAGAAGAGAAAGAGGUCUGACACGCCAUGCACAUCAGAAUCGGAUGAUGGGUUGGUUCCCGAAAACGAGGUUCGGGCCGCCAGGAAAGAGGCUAGGUUUUGGAAGGCGCAGUAUCGCCUUCAGUGUGAACAUAAUACGUCACUAAAAAACCAACUGUCGUUUUUACAAGAGACGGUGAAAGCACAGUUAGGUUCAUGUAAGAUACAUUUGUUCUUGCUACUUUUCCUUUCUGCAUGCUGUUCAUUUUUAGUUCGUAGGGAUUUGUGCAUUAAUAUUUGCAUUUAUCUUUACCCUGCAGUUAAGCAUUUGCUGGAGGAAAUAUUGGAGACCAGAGUGGACAAAGGCAUAGCUGGGCUUUUGGUGGAGCAGCCGGUGGACAUGGCCAGCCGCACAACAAGCAGUGGGCCCCAGCAUGUUCAAGUGGACAAAGGCGUAGCUGGGCUUUUGGUGGAGCAGCCAGUGGAAAUGGCCAGACGCACAGCAAGCAGUGGGCCCCAGCAUGUUCAAGGCAUGGCUCCAAAUCAUGAUGUGGAAAUUGGAAUGUCCUCCAGCUUGCAUUCAGCUGGAAUAGGAAGCAAUUGUGCUUCUUCACAAGAUGAUGAAGCACAUGACCUGGCAGAAUUUUCCCCCACUCCCGAUGGCCGUUUCCAUCUCUGCAAGGGGGUGAAAAUCACUGCAGACCAGGCGGCAAAGAUUUUAAGAAACAAGAAGGCCACGAUUGUCGUAUGUGAUACAGCCCAAGCAAUUUGGGGUCUCGAGGCAUUGGCCCUAAGAACAGUGAGUGGCCGAUCAGUGCCUAGUGAGACAACAAAGCAGCUCACACCUGCCAAAGUUCAAGUUGUGCAAGAAUGCCUGGCCUACUGGGGCAGAACAAACAACCAGGACAUUGCAGUGGCUGCCCAUGGAGUGCUGAGGGUCUUAAGUGAAAAGAUUCAAGAUGUGAAAAAGAAGCUUAAGCUCGGCAAGGAGUAGUCUCCGAGGAGUGUAGCCUUUACUGGCAAUAAAGUCUCUUCUGAAACCUUGC